AUGGGUAGAGUUAUUCGUAACCAAAGAAAGGGUGCUGGUUCUAUCUUUACCUCUCACACUAAAGGUAGAAAAGGUGCUGCCAAAUUAAGAACCUUAGAUUAUGCUGAAAGACACGGUUACAUCAGAGGUGUCGUUAAGUCAAUCAUCCAUGAUCCAGGUCGUGGUGCUCCAUUAGCUAAAGUUGUCUUC